AUGCUGCCGAACUUAGAUUUGGAAACACCAUGGAUUGCACCUGGUCCAAAAUGGAACGAAGCUUUUAUCGCGUGGGAUAUUUUCUGGGAUGUGCAUGUCUACUUUUUUGGUGGAGUUUUUGCAGUGACUUCGUUGUACUCAUUGCAUCGUAUUUUGCAAGUUCUCUACGGAAAGAAACCAAGAAAGCACAAACUUGAACUUAUGGUCCUUCUGUUUUCGCUAGUAUUUUCUUUGACAAGGUGUGUCAUCCUGUUUGUGGAUCCAUAUCAUCAAGGGACGAAAUUCAGUGGAGCUCAACCAACACGCGUUUUAUGGGGUUUAGGGMCACCAUGUCUAGUUGCAACAAACCUUUCCCUUUUGCUUCUUCUUUUGAAAGACUGCGAGUUCACAUACUGCGGCGCGUGCGAGUAUAAAUGUCAGUUUGCAUUAACUGAGACUGUUAUAGUCUUACAACUAACGCUGUUCAUCGUAAAAGACUCGCUGUCCUAUAUACCGAUCCUGGCAGAAAAAGCUUGUCAAGUGUGGUUUGUUCUUGUACAAUUGUACGUAUCUCUAGCGUUUCUUACGCUUGCCAUUGUAGUGAAAAGAAAGCUUCGAGAAAUUGASGGACUGACCACYGGUUCUUGGAUCGUUUUACUGUUAGUUUUAUUGAGUUUUACAAUCUUGAUUAAUUGUGGAGCAACUGUCUUUAAUGUUCAUUUAAUGGGAUUAUUCAGUGCUCCUCCUUUGUUUAUCGAUUCCUGGAAAUGGUGGACUUUGGAAACUUCUCUUCGUUCAUCUGAAAUGCUGUGGUGUGAGUUUGUUAUGGCGGCGAGCGGUAAAAAACAACGAAAAUAUCUUUCUUUAGAAGCACCCGAUUACGAAACGUUCAACUACCUUAACGCCCUCGCAAACUACAGAAACUCAUCGUCGUCAACAGACGUUAAGAGCGAUGAAGGCCCUCGCGAGAAUAUUUAUGAGAAGCGAGAAGAUAUAUACGAAAAAUUGACUCCGCGCGAGGACAYUUACGGACAUCGCACUCCUCGCGAGGAUAUCUACCAGAAUGUAAAACCAAACAAAGACAUCUAUGGAAACAGAAGUCCUCGUGAAGGUAUAUACGGAGAAAGAAUCCCGCGAGARGACAUUUACGGACAGCUUAGCCCUCGCGAGSAUAUCUACGGGCAACAUAGCCCUCGCGAGAACAUCUACGGACAGCACAGCCCGCGCGAGGUAAUCUACGAUCAUGUCAAACGUGAUGACGAGGUCUACGGACAUCGCGUACCCCGUCUAUCAGACAGUUUUUACAGCGAUGAUGAAGAGGAGGACAUGAGAGAUGAUUACGAUUCACCUAGAGACAAACUUGCCGACCAAGAUUACUAUGACGACAGUUACUAUGACACACGGGGUAACUAUGACGACACACAAUAUUAUGAUGACCGGUAUUACGAUGAUGAUGACUACGAUGACCACUAUUAUGAUGACGAUUAUACCGAUUAUGAUUAUUGAUAAUCUAGUGUUUUAYGACAAUUCCAGCCUCCCGAGUCCAUAUGUUCCUCUAAGAUGUAUUAAUUAGUUAUCUUUACAUUUGACAUUCCUUGUCUUGACGUACAUGGGAAUAGUUCGUGAUGAGACACAAUGGUCAYGUGGCAUUUGAUGGUGGCAAAGUGYGUAUAAUAAUUUUAUAACAAUUCAUUUCUAUUGUAACUAUUUUUCCAAUUAAUAAAAUUUACUUAAAAACU